AUGUUUCGUACAAGUCCAUACUAUACAAAUGUGAGAUAAGAGGUUUAUUCUGAAAUCAACUAUCAAUUGGCUCAAGAAUUAGAUUAAAUGAAAUAAUACAAAGAUCCCACUUCAAGCAAUAGUAAAAAGAGCGCGUCAAAAUAAAAUUUCAAUAGUAUCUUCUACAAGAGAACGAAUGAUCAAGAUUAAAUUCUAGAGGAUCAAAUUAUCAAGAAAUGCUCAAACUGUGAAAUUAAAAUAGUUUCAGAUGACAUCAAUUGUUCAGUCUGCAACAAAUUGAUGUGUUAGAAGUGCAUUAAUGAAUGCACUGGCUGUGGAAAUAAUUGCUGUUUAGUUUGCAGCAAAUACGCAUAUUUAUAAAGUGGGGAUUUUUUAAUGUGCUUGUAGUGUAUUUAAUAAUAAUGA